AUCUGUUGUGCAGCAAUAACAUUUUUUUCCUUGCAAAUGUUUUUAUAUUUAUUUUUAUUUCGGGUUAAAUAAACUAUAAACAAAAUCCGAAAAAGGUUGUUGCUCCGUUUCAAAAGAAGUUUUCAGAAAUGUUGAGAGAAUGCUAACGACUCACUUAACUUUAGUGUGUUUUAGCGAUUUGUGCAGUUAUCAAGUUAACAUUUCUUAAUUCGUUUAUGAAAGAAAUAUUUUUCAAAAAUCAUUUGAAUUGUUCAAACAAGUUGAAUGUUUUGUGCAGACCAUAUCUAACAUACUAGCUGGAGCAAAGACCAAAUAUAUUAUAUCGACCGAACCUAUUGGAUACGCAUUAACAAAAUGUAUACGAGAGCAGCUAUUGGCUGUUUUUUAUUCCUGUUACCUUUUUCAUGUAUUGUCGCUGAUGUAAGCCAUUUAGGUGGAAGCGCGUCAACAACAUUUAAACACAGUUCAGGCGGCGAUAUUCCUGUGGUGGAUGAUUUGAGUACGAGGUCAUUCAAUCAACAAAGCUGGAAUAUUCGAAAUAAUAUACCAGGCGAACCAAAUGUCGAUUAUCCAGUUUACAGUGCUCCACCGAUUUCUAGUUUCUCGUGCAAGGGCAGACAUUACGGGUACUAUGCGGAUGUAGAAUCACGUUGUCAAGUGUUCCGAGUUUGUGCUCAAACCGACUUAACUGGUACAGGUUUCGCGUUCUUAUGUCCGAAUGGGACACUGUUCAAUCAAAAAUUCUUCGUUUGUGAUUGGUACAAAAAUGUCGACUGUUCUGCAAGUGAAACCUACUACUCACGAAACAAUUUGUUCGGUACAAAGAUGGGCCUAAUGUCCGAAAAUGAUAUGAUGACAAUGGUUCAGGGAAUGGUGGACUACACGAAACAGUCGCAGUUUAACAAUCAAAAUGUGAACAACAAUGGCGGAUUUCCGUUUACAAAUUCACAAUUUCCCAAACAGUCAGACAACUCACAAAGUAUUAUCAAUCAGAAUAACGGGCUCGCGUCAUCAGGAAAUGGAAAUUUCCAUGGUCAACAAGCAGGAGCGAAUCAAGGCCGUUCAAAUAGCAAUGUACAGCCACCGCAAAGAGGAAGCGAUAUAUUGAGCCAGCCAAUAUUCCCGUCGGAAAAUAAUAGACUUACUACACCGGGUCGCACUCAAGGUACAUCAAGUUUUGCAGCUCCUACAGCGGUACCCAACUCUUCUAGAUAUAACCAAAAUGCUAAUUUCAAUUCUAACAACUUUGGUGGUGCAAAUAACGAGAACAACAACCAACAGCCGACAUUAUUUGUAUCAAGCCUUGGGGAAAUAUCCAGCGAUCAGAAUUUAAGACUUAACCCAUUCACAACUGCAAUAGUUAGCACAAGAAUAUUUGACACGCUUUCCAGUAAUGUUGAUCCAGUUUCAACAUCUGCAGAUCAAGUGCAAAGGCUCGCAUUAGGUCAAUACAAUCAACACGGCAAUAGUCAAUCGAAUGUUCAGUACAACACUGGUAAUGGACUAAAUAAUCCUGUGUCUCUGCAACAGGAAAUAAAUCAUUUAAGUGAGAGUGGAUCGAAUGAACCGAAUUUGAGUCAACAAUCACAGCCAAGCAGCACAUCAAAUAAAUUUGAAGCCAACAACGGUCUUAAUUCAGCAUCGAAUAGUCAGUCUGAUCAAACUUUAACAGCGGUAUAUUCUGGUUCAGGUGAUUUGCUAAGUCAUACUAUUAGCCAGUAUAGUAAACCGACGAAUGUACAAGGACCAGCACAGAAUUUCGGUAAUGGAAGAGACCCUAGUCUAUCAGCUCUGGUGAAUUCAUUAGGUGAAACAAUAUAUACACCGAUCUUUUCUGGAGAGGGUAACUUGCUGAGCCAUACAAUCGGACAGAAAGCAUCCUCGGAAAAUGGAAACGAUUCGAAACCUCAGUCGAAACCAGACGCUUUUACUACUGUCGCUAAACAAGGUAUACCGGUGUCUACUCCGCAACCAAUAUUACAAACGCCGCUUUUCGACAGUCAAUCAAGAGUUACGAUUCCCCCAUUCUCAACGAGUUCAACUAGUUCAAACGUAAAAGAAAAUAUUCCUAAGACCAAUGUGGUCUAUUCAGGUGAAGGAAAUCUGUUGAGUCAAACAAUUGGUCGGAAAGGUCCCAUCAAUCAAAGUACACAAUCCAGUCAGUCAUCAAAUGUUUAUUCAGCAGAAAGCAAAUUGUCCAGUCAAAGCGUUCAUCAAACGAAUACCCAAACUUUAUCAAGCCAAGGAGACCAAACGACUUCAUUUGCAUCUUCCAAUAGAUUUGCUGGCAAUCAAAACACUGUCCCAAAUCAGGGAACGUCGACUGGUCCAAGUAGCUCACAUUUCACAAGUGUACCGUCCACUCCAUCAUACGGACAGAAACCCAUUACGCCCUCAAAUGUACGAACUAACCAAGCAACAACAUACAACAGCCAUGUUUCAUUUGGCCAGAAGUUAUCAACCAAUUCUGCGCCAAUCAGUACAACAUCUGCUCCAUAUUCCCCAUCAGUACCUCCAUUUAGAUCGACUACUGCAACUGUUUACACACCGACAGCGUCAUCAUAUCAUCAACACACACAAACGUAUAAUGACCAGAGCCACAGAUCACGCUCUUACACACACCAAGAAAACGGUCAAUCAGUCUUCUCAAACAAUCAGUUCCAAGUCCCAUCAAAGGAAUAUCUACCAAGUUCAGACAAUACCCGUACAGCACGAACCAACGACCUCUCACUCGGUAACCACGGUUCAUCGUCAUUCAAAUUGAGUUCUUCACAAAAUAAUUUCAACCAACGGGAUGGCAGACAACAAUUCACAUAUCCUGUGGAUCAGACCGACUCAAAAACACUUGACAACACCAACGACUUGCCGAACUUGGGUGCGGAUGCCGAUCCAAAGAAACAGAAUUUAAUUAACCGCGACGUUACACACAUUGACAAAUACUUAUACCAAAAUCAAAUUGAACAACCGAAAAACGAGACCGGUGAACCAACUGUAACUACGAGUGAACGAAAUCCGGGCAUUAAAUUAUCGGCAAUAUCAAUCAGGGAUAUUUUUUACUUGAACAAAGUCUUACAAGAGGGAGGCAAAUCGGAAGACAUAACGUCAGAAGAACUUCAACUGUCGACGGACGAACAAGAUGUUGCAGAGCAAACUAGUUCAGAAUUGACUGACUUUAAACUUAGUCCAAUAAUAGUUGCUCCAAUAUCUGAUGGCGCUAGUAAUGACAUUGAAGACAAUGAGGCACUGAGUACAUUUGAUAAAUCGGCAAAUCUGCUAUUUGCUGGCCUUCAACUAUCAUUGCACGAAGAAAAGGAAUUAUCGGACAGUGAAAUUAAGAAUGAGUUGAAUGACGAAAUUUUUCGAAGUCAACAGGACAUAUAUGAAACGAAAAUACGGAACCCUAAGGACGUUUACAGUAGCGGCGGUGGACUGAAGCAGUCAAACAGCAUUAAAUUGAUUUUUGAACGAGCUAAGAACAGAUCAAACGAUUUCCGAAUUAAAUUGAAAAGUAGAACAGAUGAGGAAAAUAAAGCGAAACGAACCUUCGCGUUACCGCCUAGCACCGCAGAAGAGAAACUGGUUACUAUUUUGAAGCCGCUACUUAGAAACAUAACAGUCACACCGAAUCGAUAUGUUGAGAACAACACCAAAAUCGGUGGGUUUAUUAACAAUGACUUGAAAUCUUCCAUUGGUGAGCCCCGACAACGACAUUCACUAGCCCCAAGGAUAUUAUUUAAAAAUGUAAAAACUAUCGAAGACAUAGAACGCAUAGCCACGGCAAUAGACUCUGCUAACACUGAAGACGACGAACUAACAGCUGAGACUAAAUUAUCGAAUCGAAUUGCAUUUCCGGACUCAGUUAGAUCACAUACCAACACUAAAAUUGACUCAAAAACGACACCUUCAUCCAUUGAACCAAUUGAAGCUAAAGACACAGACUGGUCAUAUUACACAAAAACGAAAUUAUUUCCACAGAGAAAUCAACACAGACCGAUAAGAGAUCAUGAAACUGCCGCAUCGAAUCAACAUAGUUACACAUAUUCGACCGGUCAGGCACAACAAGCGAGCCAUCAAACAUAUUCUACAUACAAUCAAUACAAUUCCUAUCCACAACAACAACAACAACAACAUCCACAGCAACAACAGCAACAACAUCCGCAGCAACAACAACCUCAACACUCUUAUCAUUAUGCAACGAUUGAUAAUCGGCCGAACCCCUCUCAGACCAGUUUUCAAGCUCCACCAUUACAAUCAAACUACCCAGUUUCCAUUCAAAAUAAUCCUCAAUCUCAACGCUCCUAUCCUUCUGUAGAUAAUCGUUAUAUUCCAUCGGCUCCAUUACCCGUCCCAUCAUCAAUCCCUUCAUCCCUUCCAUCUAUUGUUCAUCCAACAUCGCAAUAUUCGACACAACAGAAUACCUCAUUCCCAACGAAUCAACAUAACAUUCCAAGAACGACAUCGAACGAAAAGGUGGUCGUCAAUGUUAUACCAGCCACCGGAUGGUAUUUAAAUGAUCCCAACGAACGUCAAUCAUUUUUGGAUGCAGUCUCAAGGGGACUGCUCAGUGAGAAAGGAGUUGUCUAUGUGAAUAACGUACAGAGUAGUCAGCGACAACAGCCAAAUUUCAAUGCGCAACAACCGCAAGGUCGCUCACAAAUUGAUAUAGACGAGGAGGCCUUUUUCCAUGGCUCUUCAUCAUAUGAAUCACCCCUAAAUAGUGUAGGUAAACUUCCAGGUGACAGUGAUAGUGUAAGUGCUUUUUUGGACAGUUCUACUAGCAGCCCAUAUACUCCUUCAUCAUCAUCGUCUUCGUCGUCACCUUCAUCCGGUUAUCAAUACGAACAUCCCAGGCGAUCCUUUGAUGUGUAAUUAAAUUGUAAAUUUAUUUUUUAGUUUUUAUUUAUAAGGCAACAGCGAUCAUCAGAUCGGAUCGAUUAGUUUUCGAUUGAAAUUCAUUUUGUACAUAAUUUAUUAUAGAAAGUUUCAACUGCCAUUUUCUAAGGAUUUUCACAACAAAUACUUGUAAGAUUUUCACAACAAAUUAUACGCUGAUAUU